GGUCAGGGCCCAGCCUCUCUACAACAGGAAGGAAUGAAUCCCAGAGGCCUGGUUCCCCAGACCACUCUAAUCUCAGGGUGGUGCUUCCUUCCUCUAGAGCCUAGGAUGGUAACCCCACCCUAACCCUAAACUCUGGGGAUAGAAGCUGUGGUCCCUUCUCUUCUGAGCUUUCAAGACUCGGUUGUGGGGCCACCGGGAGGGAUGUGUCUAUGUGAAACAUAGCAGACCAGGCCCUGCACGGUGCCCCCAGGCUCUUGGAGGUCAUGAUGCCCCAUACCUGCCUCCAAAACACACUCAGGUUGCUUCCUAGACAUUGCUUCCCUUUUGAUUCCCAGCUACUGUUCAGGAGUGGAAAGCUAUGGCUCCUAAAGUUACACACAGAGCAUCCCCUCCGACGGAGCACGAACAGUUCCAACCUGGUGGCAGUGGUUGCCAGCCAGUCGGAGAGGGGUGGGGAAUUAGCGCCCCCAACUCUGACCUAGAUCCCCAUCGCGACCCACACUCUUCCCUACAUUCUCACCAGACUUCAACCCCCCUCAGACUCCCCACUUCCAAACGUUCACCCCUAUUCGGACACAUCCCAUUCUGUCCACCCCAGCCCAUCUCUUCGCAUCUCUCCCAGGGUCCACAUUGCCUUCCCUGAAGGGUCUGAAGAGGGGAGGCGAUGGUGUUAAGAGAGAAGAAACCAAGUCGGGGAGGAUACCAGGGGAGUCUGGCUUCUGCACAGGAAGGGGACGGGCUGUCCUGUCGGGGAAGUGGGAGGGGGCCCGCGGCGCCGGGAGGGAAGCUCCUGUCGCCCGGGGACUCCGAGCCAGAGCGCAGCGGCGAGCAUGACUCCGCCACCAGGGCCCUGGCUCUCUCCCCCGGCCCAGCUCACUUCGCUGCGCCAGCGCCGCGGGCAGAGCUGGCCUCAGACCCGACCUUCCUGACCACUGUGCUGUGCGCGCUGGGCGGCUUCUCGCUGCUGCUGGGCCUCGCUUCCCGCGAGCACCGACUGCAGCGCUGGACGCGACCCCUGUCGGGCUUGGUGUGGGCCGCACUGCUAGCGCUAGGCCACGCCUUCCUGUUCACCGGGGGCGUGGUGAGCGCCUGGGACCAGGUGUCCUAUUUUCUCUUCGUCAUCUUCACGGUGUAUGCCAUGCUGCCCUUGGGCAUGCGAGACGCCGCCGUCGCGGGCCUCGCCUCCUCACUCUCGCAUCUGCUGGUCCUCGGGCUGUAUCUUGGGCCACAGCCGGACUCACGGCCUGCACUGCUGCCGCAGUUGGCAGCAAACGCCGUGCUGUUUCUGUGCGGGAACGUGCUGGGAGUGUACCAUAAGGCGCUGAUGGAGCGCGCCCUGCGGGCCACGUUCCGGGAGGCACUCAGCUCCCUGCACUCGCGACGGAGGCUGGACACUGAGAAGAAACACCAGGAACACCUUCUUUUGUCCAUCCUUCCUGCCUACCUGGCCCGAGAGAUGAAGGCAGAGAUCAUGGCACGGCUGCAGGCAGGACAGGGGUCACGGCCAGAGAGCACCAACAACUUCCACAGCCUCUAUGUCAAGAGGCACCAGGGAGUCAGCGUGCUGUAUGCUGACAUCGUGGGCUUCACACGGCUGGCCAGCGAGUGUUCCCCUAAGGAGCUGGUGCUCAUGCUCAAUGAGCUUUUUGGCAAGUUCGACCAGAUUGCCAAGGAGCAUGAAUGCAUGCGGAUCAAGAUCCUGGGGGACUGUUACUACUGUGUCUCUGGACUGCCACUCUCACUGCCAGACCACGCCAUCAACUGCGUGCGCAUGGGGCUGGACAUGUGCCGGGCCAUCAGGAAACUUCGGGCAGCCACCGGCGUGGACAUCAACAUGCGUGUGGGUGUGCACUCAGGCAGUGUACUCUGCGGAGUCAUCGGGCUGCAGAAGUGGCAGUAUGAUGUUUGGUCCCAUGAUGUCACACUGGCUAACCACAUGGAGGCAGGCGGUGUACCAGGGCGAGUGCACAUCACAGGGGCUACCCUGGCCCUGUUGGCAGGGGCUUAUGCUGUGGAGGACGCAGGCAUGGAACAUCGGGACCCCUACCUUCGGGAGCUAGGGGAGCCUACCUACCUGGUCAUCGAUCCACGGGCAGAGGAGGAGGAUGAGAAGGGCACUGCACGGGGCUUGCUGUCUUCGCUCGAGGGCCCCAAGAUGCGUCCAUCAGUGCUGAUGACCCGCUACCUGGAGUCCUGGGGCGCAGCCAAACCUUUUGCCCACCUGAGCCACGUCGACAGCCUGGUGUCCACCUCCACCCCUCUCCCGGAGAAGGCCUUGGCUUCCUUCAGCCCCCAGUGGAGCCUGGAUCGGAGCCGUACUCCCCGGGGACUAGAUGAUGAACUUGACACCGGGGAUGCCAAGUUCUUCCAGGUCAUUGAGCAGCUCAACUCACAGAAACAGUGGAAGCAGUCAAAGGACUUCAACCCACUGACACUGUACUUCAGAGAGAAGGAGAUGGAGAAAGAGUACCGACUCUCUGCACUCCCCGCCUUCAAAUACUAUGAAGCCUGCACCUUCCUGGUUUUUCUCUCCAACUUCAUCAUCCAGAUGCUAGUGACAAACAGGCCCCCAGCUCUGGCCAUCACCUAUAGCAUCACCUUCCUCCUCUUCCUCCUCCUCCUUUUUGUCUGCUUCUCAGAGGACCUGAUGAGGUGUGUCCUGAAAGGCCCCAAGAUGCUGCACUGGUUGCCUGCACUGUCUGGCCUUGUGGCCACACGACCAGGACUGAGAAUAGCCUUGGGCACCGCCACCAUCCUCCUUGUCUUUGGCAUGGCCAUUACCAGCCUGUUCUUCUUCCCAGCAUCAUCAGACUGCCCUUUCCAAGCUCUCAAUGUGUCCUCCACGACUUCCAACCUCUCCUGGGAGCUCCCUGGGUCUCUGCCUCUCAUCAGUCUUCCAUACUCCAUGCACUGCUGUGUGCUGGGCUUCCUCUCCUGCUCCCUCUUUCUGCACAUGAGCUUCGAGCUGAAGCUGCUGCUGCUCCUGCUGUGGCUGGUGGCCUCCUGCUCCCUCUUCCUGCACUCCCAUGCCUGGCUGUCCGACUGCCUCAUCGCCUGCCUCUAUCUGGGCCCCUUGGACUCCAGGCCAGGAGUGCUGAAGGAGCCCAAACUGAUGGGUGCUAUCUCCUUCUUCAUCUUCUUCUUCACCCUCCUUGUCCUGGCUCGCCAGAAUGAGUACUACUGCCGCCUGGACUUCCUGUGGAAGAAGAAGCUGAGGCAGGAGCGGGAGGAGACAGAGACGAUGGAGAACCUGACUCGGCUGCUCUUGGAGAAUGUGCUCCCUGCACACGUGGCCCCCCAGUUCAUUGGCCAGAACCGGCGCAACGAGGAUCUCUACCACCAGUCCUACGAAUGUGUUUGUGUCCUCUUCGCCUCAGUCCCGGACUUCAAGGAGUUCUACUCUGAAUCUGACAUCAAUCAUGAGGGUCUAGAGUGUCUGAGGCUGCUCAAUGAGAUAAUUGCUGAUUUUGAUGAGCUGCUCUCCAAGCCCAAGUUCAGUGGGGUGGAGAAGAUCAAAACCAUCGGCAGCACCUACAUGGCAGCCACAGGCUUAAAUGCCACCUCUGGACAGGAUGCACAACAGGAUGCUGAGCGGAGCUGCAGCCACCUUGGCACUAUGGUAGAGUUUGCCGUGGCCCUGGGGUCUAAGCUGGAUGUCAUCAACAAGCACUCAUUCAACAACUUCCGCCUGCGUGUGGGGUUGAACCAUGGGCCAGUAGUAGCUGGAGUGAUUGGAGCCCAGAAGCCGCAAUAUGACAUUUGGGGCAACACAGUGAAUGUGGCCAGCCGCAUGGAGAGCACAGGAGUCCUUGGCAAAAUCCAAGUGACUGAGGAGACAGCCUGGGCCCUACAGUCCCUGGGCUACACCUGCUACAGCCGGGGUGUCAUCAAGGUGAAAGGCAAAGGGCAGCUCUGCACCUACUUUCUGAACACAGACUUGACACGAACUGGACCUCCUUCAGCCACGCUAGGCUGAGACCCCAUUCCCCUUCUAAGAACCUCAAUAAAGAGAAGACUCUGGGAUGUCUGGAGCCCAUUGAUGUCAGAA